AUGUCAAUAAAAUUGCUGAAGGAGGCUAUCAAACUCGUGAAUGCCGAUGAUAACGUAAAAGGUAUAGAAGUUGCACGGAAAUCAGGAAGACCUUCGAAGCGAGAAAGAGAUCGUCAGCGGUUUGCUGCUGUAGCUACCACUUCAGAAUACGAUCCUGAAUUAGAUGACAUAAUCGUAAAUUCGAGAACUCAAAAACGAAAUGUAGUGAAACAGAAUGGAAAAAAAAUUGCGAAGAAUAUUUCAUUGUUGGAAGAAAGUCGCUUAAGAGGUAAGACGGAUCUGUUAAAACGUAACAUCAAAUAUAUGAUUUAUGAAACGAAUCGUAAGUUGGAUCCUGGCAAAACCAAGCAGAUAUUGGGUUUCAUGGAUGAACGUAAUCGUCGUCGUAAGAAAAUUCUUCGCACAUUGCGUAAACAAAAUAACGGAGUGCGAGAUCAUCGAUGGCAAUUUAAAAAGUCCGACAAUAAAUCAAUAUUUACGGAUGAAGAUUUCAUGAAAAUUGGACCUAACAGAAUAGAAUUACUACGAGGAAAAAAGUCAAAGAAACGUAACCAUUUGGGAAAUCAAGAAUAA